AUGGGCAGACACCGGGAUUGCGCUGCCUGCAGGGAUCUGCUCAGUCUUUCCCAGGCGUGCGGGGAGCGCACUUCGGGCCCGCGGGAGGCCUGGACAGGGGUGUGCGGGAAGGAUGUCUUCUGGCGCAUGGAUAACCUUGCCGCCGCCGCGGCUCCAGCUCCUCCCCCCACAGCCCUGGGCCAGGGCCGGAGAGAGAGGGGAACGGGGCUCCGAGUGUCUUUGGUGUGUGCCCGGGCGGCCCUAUGGCCCGGCAUGCUCCGGGCGGCGGCCUGGGGGCUUCUGCUGCUCACAGCACCCACGGAGGCGCAACGCGGCCGGAAGAAGGUCGUGCACGCGCUCGAGGGCGAGUCGGGCUCCGUGGUGGUGCAGACGGCGCCCGGGCAGGUGGUCAGCCACCGGGGCGGCACCAUUGUCCUGCCCUGCCGCUAUCACUACGAGGCAGCCGCCCAUGGCCACGACGACGUUCGCCUGAAGUGGACCAAGGUGGUGGACCCGCUGGCCUUCGCCGACGUCUUUGUAGCGCUGGGCCCCCAGCACCGGGCGUUUGGCAGCUACCGCGGGCGGGCUGAGCUGCAGGGCGACGGGCCCGGGGACGCCUCGCUGGUUCUCCGAAACGUCACGCUGCAGGACUAUGGCCGCUAUGAGUGCGAGGUCACCAACGAGCUGGAGGAUGACACGGGCAUGGUCAAGCUUGACCUGGAAGGCGUAGUCUUCCCCUAUCACCCCCGUGGGGGCCGCUACAAGCUGACUUUCGCGGAGGCGCAGCGCGCGUGCGCCGAGCAGGACGGCAUUCUGGCCUCCGCCGAGCAGCUGCACGCGGCCUGGCGCGACGGUCUGGACUGGUGCAACGCGGGCUGGCUCCGUGACGGCUCCGUGCAGUACCCAGUGAGUCAGCCCCGAGAGCCCUGCGGCGGGGCCGUGAGUCCCGGUGGUGGCGGCGGCAGCACCUCCGGGGGCGUGCGCAACUACGGCUACCGUCAUAACGCGGAGGAGCGCUACGACGCCUUCUGCUUCACUUCCAACCUCCCAGGGCGCGUGUUCUUCCUGAAGCCCCUGCGGCCUGUGCCCUUCGCGGGGGCGGCGCGCGCGUGCGCGGCGCGCGGCGCGACCGUGGCCAAGGUGGGGCAACUGUUCGCCGCGUGGAAGCUGCAGCUCCUGGACCGCUGCACUGCAGGCUGGCUGGCCGACGGGAGCGCGCGCUACCCCAUCGUGAACCCGCGCGCGCGCUGCGGUGGCCGCCGACCUGGUGUGCGCAGCCUGGGCUUCCCUGACGCUGCACGCCGCCUCUUUGGCGUCUACUGCUACCGUGCGCCCGGCGCGCCCGAC